AGCAAGGUCCACUCCUGCAUCGUCUUCAGUGCGCGCCGCAUCGCCCUCCUACCAACUCUCCUCCGCGACGUUAGUGCGUUACGAAGCGCCGCUCUGGCACUCGGAUAUAUUACACAAGGUGUAAUGCAGAGGCUGGUCGUGGUGGUGGUCGUGGUACUAGCGGCUUCGGGCGUGAAGUCCCUGCCUCGGAAUCCUCCAAAUGAAGCCCAGGGGAAGCCCAACAGCACCGUCGCCGUCGCUGAGCCCGACCCCCGCAGUAACUCGAAGACAUUCGUCGACGCCCAUGGCUCGGCCAUCGCCUCCCUGCCCGGCUCGCAGGUGUACCUCACGGACCCCCUGGACAUGAAUGGCGAUGGGCUGGUCCACCCUCUCGAGUACCUCCAGAGCAUCUUCCCCUUCAUAAGGGUCGUGGACAAAGACGAAGCCGUGGCGUCUGACGAUUACACAGCUACUCUCGUCCAGUACCUCCGGAAGUUGAUUCCAUUCUUCGGCUCAGACAAGGUUCACGGUUCCAACACUGAAAAUCCGGAUGAGGAGAAACCGGUGACCUUUUGGGAACAGUUACUAAUCUUACUCCUGAGGGAAACGAACAUCCUCCACGUCGACCGAACGGACACUGACGGCGACGGCGAACCGGAGAAUGACAUCACCAUGUCUUUCACGACCGUCAAGUUCGACCCCGUCGGCAACCUGAUCCAGUGGCUCAUCAACCUCAUCCGGGACAUUACCCAGUACGAGUCGCUGGAGAAGUGGUGGACUCGCGUGAAGCACGACUUCGAGAACUACACGCCCUACGAAGCGGAGGUGGUGGAGGAGAAGCCCGAGGGAGAGCCGCACGAGGGAGACCCGUCCGUGAUCGUCCCCAUCCCCUUCGGCUUCGGCUUCGGCUUCCCCCUGGGCUCCAUCAACGUCGCCAAGUUCGACCCGUUCGUCCUCGGGGCCAACACCGUCCUCUUCGUGCUGUACAAUGCGCUCUUCUUGGCCGCCUACCUCCGGAACUCCGGCCUCGAGAAUAUGUUCAACGAUUAUGAUUAUUAUGAUUAUGAUGAAGAGGGUGAAGAAGGAGAGGGCGAAGAAGGAGAGGAAGAAGAAGGAGAGGAGGAAGAAGAAGAGGGCGAGGAAGAAGGCGAGGAAGAGGGCGAAGGAGAAGAAGGAGAGGGCGAAGAAGGAGGUGGAGAACAAGCAGAAGGUGGAGGAGAAGGACAAGAAGAAGGAGGGGACGGAGGACAGGGCGGCGACUACCCUCAAUACGACCAAUAUGACUUCGAUCAAUACGACAACAACCAAUUCCCACAAUACGACAAUCAGUACGACACCCAAUUCCCUCAGUACAGCACCAACUUCGCCGUGUUCGACUACGGCGGCCGGAGGAGAAUGUCGCACCAGCCCCCUCGCUACCGCCGGCGACAAGACCGGAGGCCCAUCUUCAGCCCGGCGUCGACACCGAAGAAGGCCAGCGGCUUCGGGAAAGACCUAACCUUCGCCAACACGGACGGCCACGGGGUCAGCGGCGUGCACGGGAUGCUCACGCUCGGGUCGAUCUUCGGCAAGAAAAAGUGAAUUAAAGAAAAAGUAAAAGUAAAGAUUUCCACUGAGAAUGAGCAUUAAGGAAGAUUAGAUGUUAUUUUUUUCGAGAAUUAAGGAGGGUUAACUAUUGAGGAGGAUUAAAUUGAAUUAUUAAGGAAUACGCGGAUAAUGAACAUUAAAAAGGAUAAUAUUUUUUUCUCUACGACAAAAAAAUAAAUAAUGAUUCCAACGAAAAUGAACAUCAAAGAGAAAUAGAUAUUAGAUGAAAAUUAUUAGAAUCUGAAGCGCUAAAGGAAAAUUAUUGAAAUUCGAGUUAUACAAUUCAAAGGAUUAAAGUCUAAGAUUAUAAAUUAAAAGUGGUUCAACUUUACGACAUUAGACUAUACUUAGAGUCAUUAACUAAAAUCAUCAAAAUCCCGAACUAAAAGGAUUUGAAAGAUUUAAAUCUCACUCCUCGAAUAUAAAAAAUAAAACCUUAUACACUGAUUAAAACAGAAUUCAACUCCAAAACAAUAUUUAUAAAUGACCUAAAAUCCCAAUUAAUCAUUGUCUUGGGUUAAGAAGAUGCGUCUCUAGGUAUUAUAGGUUUUCUCUGAUUUCAAAGUAUCUUACUCUGUUCUCUUAGUAUUACUGUGAUAUGUUAUAGGGAAGCACAUAGACCCUGUGGCACCGUGAAAUAGAAUGUAUGAGUUUCCAUUACAUUCCCCAUAGCAUUCAGAGAGUGAAGUUAUCAUUUUAAAAGCUAUUACCAUAAAGUACACAAAAAAAUCUGGAAUCCGUAAAAUAAUUAACAAUAAUCAAAUACAUUUCGUUUUAUCCGUAGCUUAAAUAUGAACAUUCUAAAUCAUACGUUAUACCAUUCCAUAUUUUGGAUUGACAAAAAUUUUGACUACAGUCUCGAGAAUCUUCGCUUCUCAAGAAACACAUAUCAUAAUAUUCACUCCAGCAUUUAUAUCACCGACCAUUCACCAUUCAUGAAGAAUUCUGUGUGCCAUUAAUUUUGGAAAAUACAUGGUAGUAUGGGUAGAUUGCCUCUUUUUAGCUUAUAAGUUACGAAAAAAAAGAGGAAACAGGUGGUUGGAAUCGCCUUAAAUGUGGAUAACGGUAUUUGUUUACCUUUUUGUGCCUUUGUGUUGUAUACUCUUGAUUUUCUCACACUGUAGUCAUGUUACAGCAUUUAGGAAUUGCGUAUAUGUGUGGUUCUGUACAAAGUCAUUAUUUAUUUCAGUAUUAAGUAUUUAUUGA